AUGGCAGCGAGGUCCCGGGGGCCACGUCCGCUUGUGCUGAGCCUGCUGCUGUGUGCCCUGAAUCCCCUUCUGUCUCAGGGCGGGAAGCUGUUGUUGGUCCCAGUGGACGGCAGCCACUGGCUGAGCUUGUUCGGGGUCAUCCAGCGGCUGCACCAGCAGGGACACGACAUAGUGGUCAUAGCUUCUGAGGCCUCCGUGUACAUUAAAGAAGGAGCGUUUUACACCUUGAAGAGCUACCCUGUCCCAUUCCGGAGGGAGGACGUGGAAGCGUCUUUUACUGGUCUCGGGCUCGGGGUUUUUGAGAAGAAGCCUUUCCUGCAGCGUGUGGUCGAGACAUACAAGAGGGUCAAGAAGGACUCUGCUCUGCUUUUGUCUGCCUGCUCCCACUUACUGUACAACGAGGAGCUGAUGGCCUCCCUGGCGGAAAGCGGCUUCGAUGCCGUGUUGACAGACCCUUUCCUUCCUUGUGGCCCCAUCGUGGCCCUGCGCCUGGCACUGCCUGUCGUGUUCUUCUUGCACUCACUGCCAUGCGGCCUAGAUUUUCAAGGUACCCGCUGCCCCAGCCCACCAUCCUAUGUGCCCAGGGUUCUGUCCCUUAACUCAGAUCACAUGACUUUCCUACAGCGGGUGAAGAACAUGCUCAUUCUUGUGUCAGAGGGCUUCCUGUGCAAUGUGGUUUAUUCCCCAUAUGCGUCACUUGCUUCGGAAGUCCUUCAGAAAGAUGUGACUGUCCAGGACCUUAUGGGCUCUGCAUCGGUCUGGCUUUUCAAAAGUGACUUUGUAAAGGAUUACUCCAGGCCCAUCAUGCCCAACAUGGUUUUUAUUGGUGGGAUCAACUGUGCCAGCAAAAAGCCACUGUCCCAGGAAUUUGAAGCCUAUGUUAAUGCUUCUGGAGAACAUGGAAUUGUGGUUUUCUCUUUGGGCUCCAUGGUCUCAGAGAUUCCCAAGGAGAAAGCUAUGGAAAUUGCUGAUGCUUUGGGCAAAAUACCUCAGACAGUCCUGUGGCGGUAUACUGGCACUCCACCACCAAAUCUUGCGAAGAACACAAUACUUGUCAAGUGGCUUCCCCAAAAUGAUCUGCUUGGUCACCCGAAGGCUCGUGCCUUCAUCACACAUUCUGGCUCCCAUGGCAUAUACGAGGGGAUAUGCAACGGCGUUCCCAUGGUGAUGCUGCCCUUAUUUGGUGAUCAGAUGGACAACUCGAAGCGCAUGGAGACCCGGGGGGCUGGAUUGACCUUGAACGUCCUGGAAAUGACUUCUGAAGAUUUAGCAAAUGCCCUAAAAGCUGUCAUCAAUGACAAAAGUUAUAGAAAAUCUAUCUGGUUUAAGAGAAGAUUUAUACAAAAGAAGAUGUUUAACAGCCUCAAAGCUCACCAUCUCACCUGGUACCAGUACCACUCUGUGGACGUGAUCGGCUUCCUCCUGGCCAUUGUGCUGGGUGUUGUCUUCAUCGAUAAAAUGCUGCGCCGCUGCCAGCAAGCUUUGGGAAAAAGGAUCUAG